CGCCAUCUUGCCCCUUCUGAGGCACCGCAAACAAACCUAAUUCCUGGUGUCCCCUAGUCUUGGCGGAGGAGCCUUUUAGAUGAGCCCCGAAAGGCCGGGCAGGGAGGACAAGCUCUUUGGGGCUACCAAACAGAAGCAGCAAUGCCUGUUGUGUGGCCAACCCUUCUGGAUCUCAGCAGGGAUGAAUGCAAACGAAUUCUCCGAAAAUUGGAAUUGGAGGCAUAUGCUGGAGUUAUCAGUGCACUUCGUGCACAGGGGGAUCUCACCAAGGAAAAGAAAGAUCUUCUUGGAGAACUCUCAAAAGUCCUUAGCAUCUCAACAGAACGCCACCGUGCUGAAGUUCGGAGAGCAGUAAACGAUGAACGGUUAACAACAAUUGCACAUAAAAUGAAUUUAUCCUUAUAUUUGGGUGAAAGACCAAGUUACAGUAUGUCUGGACCUAAUAGCUCUUCAGAAUGGUCCAUUGAAGGGCGUAGAUUGGUACCACUGAUGCCCCGGCUGGUUCCCCAGACUGCCUUCACCGUAACAGCAAAUGCUGUGGCCAACGCAGCUGUCCAGCAUAAUGCAUCCCUUCCCGUGCCUGCAGAGACAGCAAGCAAAGAAGUAGUGGUUUGCUAUUCCUACACAAGUACCACGUCAACCCCAACCUCUACCCCUGUUCCAAGUGGCAGCGUAGCAACGGUUAAGUCUCCAAGACCUGCCAGUCCUGCCUCCAAUGUAGUUGUCUUGCCAAGUGGAAGUACUGUAUAUGUCAAAAGUGUCAGCUGUUCAGAUGAAGAUGAAAAACCCAGAAAACGCAGGCGAACAAACUCUUCGAGUUCUUCUCCUGUGGUCCUGAAAGAAGUUCCAAAGGCCGUUGUUCCAGUCUCGAAGACCAUCACUGUGCCUGUGAGUGGCAGUCCCAAGAUGAGCAACAUCAUGCAGAGCAUUGCCAACUCCUUACCACCCCACAUGUCACCUGUGAAAAUAACUUUCACCAAACCAUCAACACAGACGACAAACACAACACAGAAGGUUAUUAUAGUGACCACAUCACCAAGUUCAACCUUUGUGCCCAACAUUCUCUCCAAAUCCCAUAACUAUGCAGCAGUCACUAAGCUUGUACCAACAUCAGUCAUUGCUUCCACAACUCAGAAGCCACCUGUUGUUAUAACUGCACCACAGUCCUCUCUGGUCAGCAGCAGCAGCAGCAGUGGCAACAGCAGUUCUACGCCAUCACCUAUUUCUAGUACAGUAGCAGUAACAGCCGUGGUGUCUUCCACACCAUCCGUGGUCAUGUCAACAGUAGCACAAGGUGUAUCCACAUCAGCAAUCAAAAUGGCAUCAACAAGACUUCCUUCCCCAAAAAGCUUAGUGAGUGCCCCUACCCAGAUUCUUGCACAGUUUCCUAAACAGCAUCAGCAGUCUCCUAAGCAGCAGUUACAUCAAGUGCAACAACAGACACAGCAGCCAGUGGCCCAGCCUUCCUCAGUGUCUCAGCAGCAGCCCCAGCAGUCACCAUUGCCACCUGGUAUCAAACCUACCAUCCAGAUCAAACAGGAGUCAGGUGUUAAAAUCAUCACACAGCAGGUUCAACCAAGUAAAAUCUUACCCAAACCAGUGACUGCAACUCUACCCACCAGUAGCAAUUCCCCUAUUAUGGUGGUUAGCAGUAAUGGUGCAAUUAUGACAACUAAACUGGUAACUACUCCUACCGGUACUCAGGCAACCUACACCCGGCCAACAGUGAGCCCAUCCUUAGGUCGAGUAGCCACAACCCCUGGAGCUGCAACCUAUGUGAAAACUACCAGUGGUAGCAUCAUUACUGUAGUACCCAAAUCAUUAGCUACCUUGGGAGGCAAGAUAAUUAGCAGUAAUAUUGUUUCUGGAACGACUACCAAAAUCACUACAAUCCCAAUGACUUCCAAGCCCAAUGUGAUUGUUGUACAAAAGACUACAGGAAAAGGAACGACCAUUCAAGGCCUCCCUGGCAAAAACGUUGUCACAACAUUGCUAAAUGCUGGAGGAGAAAAGACUCUUCAGACAGUGCCAACUGGAGCAAAGCCAGCAAUCAUUACUGCUACAAGACCCAUCACCAAAAUGAUUGUAACACAGCCCAAAGGAAUAGGUUCCACAGUCCAGCCGGCAGCUAAAAUCAUCCCAACAAAAAUUGUCUAUGGACAACAAGGGAAAACACAGGUUCUCAUUAAACCCAAACCAGUGACAUUUCAAGCUACAGUUGUUAGUGAACAAACAAGGCAACUGGUAACGGAAACGUUACAGCAAGCAUCUAGGGUAGCAGAGGCCGGUAAUUCAUCUGCUCAGGAAGGAAAAGAAGAACCCCAGGGUUACACAGAUAGUAGUUCCUCUUCCACGGAGUCCUCCCAGAGUUCCCAAGAUUCCCAGCCUGUAGUUCAUGUAAUUGCUUCCCGGCGUCAGGAUUGGUCAGAACAUGAGAUUGCAAUGGAGACUAGCCCCACCAUAAUAUAUCAGGAUGUAUCCAGUGAAUCACAAUCAGCUACAUCAACAAUCAAAGCUCUGUUAGAACUCCAACAGACAACAGUAAAGGAAAAAUUGGAAUCUAAACCAAGACAACCCACUAUUGACUUGAGUCAAAUGGCAGUACCUAUUCAGAUGACCCAGGAAAAGAGACAUUCUCCUGAGAGUCCAUCCAUUGCUGUGGUAGAGUCAGAACUAGUUGCUGAAUACAUCACUACUGAACGCACUGAUGAGGGGACAGAGGUUGCUUUUCCCCUUCUAGUUGCUGUGGUUUCUGGAGAAACAUCACCACCUCCUCUGUUUUCAGUCAGCCAUCGCUCCCAGCCCCAACAGCCUUCCCAGCCCCAGCGGACCCUGCUCCAACAUGUGGCUCAGUCACAGACUGCAACACAGACUUCAGUGGUGGUCAAGUCCAUCCCAGCGUCUUCCCCCGGAGCAAUCACCCACAUUAUGCAACAGGCAUUAAGCAGUCAUACUGCUUUUACCAAACACAGUGAGGAACUUGGAACUGAGGAAGGUGAGGUUGAAGAGAUGGACACAUUGGAUCCUCAGACAGGUCUGUUUUACCGGUCUGCCCUGACUCAGUCACAGUCAACUAAGCAGCAGAAACUUAGCCAGCCCCAGCUGGAACAGACUCAGCUGCAAGUGAAAACUCUGCAGUGCUUUCAGACCAAACAGAAGCAGACCAUCCACUUGCAGGCAGACCAACUCCAGCACAAACUCACGCAGAUGCCCCAGCUCUCCAUCAGGCAUCAGAAACUGACUCCUCUCCAGCAGGAACAAGCACAGCCCAAGCCAGAUGCACAGCACACACAGCAUCCCGUGGUGGCCAAAGACAGGCAGCUUCCUACCUUAAUGGCACAGCCCCCGCAAACUGUGGUACAGGUGCUUGCUGUGAAAACCACGCAGCAGCUUCCUAAACUGCAGCAAGCUCCAAACCAACCAAAAAUCUACGUGCAACCCCAAACUCCCCAGAGCCAAAUGGCUCUCCCCACUUCAUCAGAGAAACAGCCGGCAAGCCAGGUGGAGCAGCCAAUUAUAACCCAAGGAUCCUCUGUUACAAAGAUAACAUUUGAGGGGCGCCAGCCUCCCACAGUUACAAAGAUAACUGGUGGCAGUUCUGUUCCUAAGCUGACGUCACCAGUUACAAGCAUAUCUCCCAUUCAGGCCUCUGAGAAGACAGCAGUGUCAGACAUUUUGCAGAUGUCUUUGAUGGAAGCUCAGAUUGAUACAAAUGUAGAACAUAUGGUAGUGGAUCCCCCAAAGAAGGCUCUAGCCACCAGUGUGCUCACCGGUGAGGCAGGAGCUUUACCCUCCACCCACGUGGUGGUGGCAGGGAUGGCGAAAUGUAGAGAGUCCUGUUCCAGUCCAUCUGCUGUUGGCCCUCCCCUAACGACCAGAAAGACGGAAGCAGCGGGAGUGCCUGCGGCAGGCCAGUUCAUGCGCAUUCAGAACAUAGGCCAAAAGAAAGCGGAAGAGAGCCCAGCAGAGAUUAUCAUCCAGGCCAUUCCCCAGUACGCUAUUCCUUGUCACUCCAGCUCCAACGUGGUAGUGGAGCCCAGUGGGCUUCUUGAACUGAACAACUUCACCAGUCAGCAGCUGGAUGACGAUGAGACAGCAAUGGAGCAGGAUGUAGACAGUAGCACGGAGGAUGGAACUGAGCCCAGCCCCUCUCAGAGCUCUGCUGAACGGUCCUAGUAUUCAGACACCAGAGUGCACUUUAAAGCCUGCUUGGUUACCAAGUGUCCAGGGAAACCUAUGAUUUGUUGUCUAAAAAAAGCACUUUGCUCAUAUUUAGGCUAUGGACCUAGAAACACGGUGUUUCAAUGAGAUGUUGCUGCAGGAGCAGCAUUUUAACAAGAUAAAACUCACAGAGGAAUGUACGUAAAAAAAAUGGAGAGGAAAACAAAGAAAGAAAGCAAGAAAGCAUGCAGAGGAAAAGAUGCACAUCCGUGGAGACCUAGCACCUUGCUGGAGCUGGGCAGUGCCAAGUUUGGCAGUGGAAAGAGACUUUCCUAUGAGUGGUUCUCAGCUGCUUUUCACUGCGCAAAUGCCACCAGAGAAUAUUAAAAGGAAAAGAAAGGAGAAUGUGAAGAGUUUGUAUUUUUGAAAUGAUGUAUCUGAACAUUUUUUAAAAUUGUGUUUGUUUUUGCAUAUCCCUGGAAGUGUUGCUUUGGUUAACAUUUUACAUUUGCUCAGUUCAUGGUUAGUUUAUGAAUACCUAGGAAAGUUCUGGCAUUAGAGAGUCCUUGCUGGAGGGUAAACAUUAGAUCACUAACCAGGAAGUGUUUGGGGUAGCUUGUAUAUGCUCUGUGGUUGUAUACUAAUUUAUUGUGGUGUUCCACACUUGCUUAUUUAUUUAAUGUAAAUGUUUCCAAGCAGGCUGAAUCCCUUUUCCUACAUGUCCUAGGAAGCUGGAUGGCCUGGUCUUCCCACCUUCCCUCCCCCCCCUUUAAGAAGCUGGAUUAGAGAAGGUUUGGUGGGAAGCAGAAGAAAAGACCUUUCUAGCCCAAAGGAAAUGUUGAGUUGUGUUAAGGAAAAUGAACUCUGUUCACUGAUGCUCUCUUGAUACCGAAGUUGCACACCUAUGUGGGACUGAUAAGACUCUGAGAAUAACUUUUACUACUUUUCUUUAAGCCCCUUUGAAAUGUAUGAAAAAGUUCACUUACAGUUCUAAAUGUAAUGUUUUUAAGUUUUUACUUUUUUAGGGAGCAGUUGUUUACGUGCUGUUUUGGUCUUGUGAUUGCUGUCUAUCACAAGUUGAGUGAAGGGUAAGGGAUGGGAGGGUACGAAUUUUGACAAGCUGUGGCAGAAGAAACUAUACUUUUCAUUUUUAAAAAGUGUAAAUAGAAAAAUUUUUAACGGUUUUAUAUGAAUUUCACUAUAAAUAAGCAUUUUAAGACUGACAAAUGUUGAACUGUAUAUACAUUUAUCAGCAUAACUGCCCAAUUUUUUGGUGCUGAAGUACUGUAAGUAGAAUUUAUCACCCGCCUCCUAAUUUUUUGCGUCUACACCUGGGAAGAAGAAGCUGUGAUGCUGUUGUUAAUAAACUCACACUAGAGUGACACUGAACGUCUCAGCAGGAGCAUCCCCGAGACAAGCUUGCUCCUGGUUGGUGGUUGUACUCAUUUCUACUAGGUGAUAAUUACUCACCAAUAGAUGGAGCUGUUGGAUAGCAUUUUAUUGUACAGAUUUGUUUCAACCACUUUGUGACUGUUCCUAGCUAAGAAAUAAUUUAACCUCUCUUGGGUCAUAGAUGUCUACCAGAAUUUGACUAAACUAUGAACUCAAUCACCAAAAAUAUACACAUGCCAGUACACAUGUUAGAUUUUGCAUACAAUAUUAGGGGCUUGUGGGCUCCCAAGAGCAUCUGUGUAUUCCAGGGUAAGCCCUGUUAUGGUCAAUCCAUUACUUGCAGGUGUAAGUUUUUAUAAAAUAAAAUAUCUUUUGAAUACACAUGGAUCAGGAAA